UUGGGCACCGCACCUUCAAAUGCGGUACACGUCGAGUUAUUUCCUCAGAUAAAAUAAUAAUAAAAAUAAAAGUUUAAUUUUUUAUUUGAAAAAAACGUAAUCUGUUGGAAGUGCAUCGUGACGGAAAGAACAGUUGCAAGUAUAAAUUGCCGAGGGCGCAAACAGAUUUUCAAACUCUGAUUGCCAAAAGAAGUGCAGACUGCACUUUCUUGUGCGCUGCUUUCAGUCACUUCAAAAACUAUAUAUAGAAAGAGGAAAAAAAAAAAAAAAAAAAAAAAAAAAACAACCAAUCAGUAUUUUUGAAACGAAUUGAGGGCUCUGCAGAGCUUUCAGUUUCUCCAACUUGCGUCUCCUGCUAUCUCUUUUCCCAACGAAUCGCAAAGUUUCCCGAGAAAAAAGCGUUUCGUUUGUUGAUCGAUUUGGGGAAAAUGUCGAGGAGAAUGGUGGUGGAGGGCCACCGUGAGACGGAGGAUGAGUCGUCUAAAGACGGCGGCGAGGAGGAGGAAGAGUAUGAGGUGCAGGAUCUGAGGGACCGAAUCAAAUCGUCGCGCGGGAGCCAGUUCGAUCUAAUCAAGAACGAGUUAGGACUCGGCGACGGGUCUUCGACUUGGCGGCGGCGGUUCAGUCGCCAGAGCCUGAUCGACGGCGUCAGAGGGCUCUCCAAAGGACUCGUCAUUCAUCCUGAUAACUGGUGGUAUCGGGCAUGGAUGAAAUUCAUACUUUUAUGGGCAGUGUACUCGUCCUUCUUCACACCUUUCGAGUUCGGGUUUUUCAGGGGUUUGGAGGAGAGACUCUUUGUACUGGAUGUAGUAGGACAGGUAGCAUUCCUUGUAGACAUUGUUUUGCAGUUCUUCAUCGCCUACCGAGACAGUCACACCUAUCGGAUGGUCUAUAAGCGCAACCGGAUUGCUCUACGGUACUUGAAAUCGAGUUUUAUCGUUGACUUGCUUGGUUGUAUGCCUUGGGAUAACAUCUACAAGGCUUGUGGGAGAAGAGAGGAAGUGAGGUAUCUCCUAUUGAUAAGGUUAUGUCGGGUGCGCAAAGUCACUAGGUUCUUUCAUGACCUAGAAAAGGAUAUUCGUAUCAAUUAUCUGUUUACCAGGAUUAUAAAGCUUAUUGUCGUUGAACUCUACUGCACACAUACAGCGGCCUGCAUAUUCUACUAUUUGGCCACCACCCUGCCUGCUUCACAAGAAGGGUACACAUGGAUUGGAAGUUUGAAGUUAGGUGACUAUAGUUAUUCAAGCUUCAGGGACAUUGACUUAUGGAAGCGCUACACAACUUCUUUGUAUUUUGCCAUUGUAACCAUGGCCACUGUUGGUUAUGGAGAUAUUCAUGCAGUCAAUCUGAGGGAAAUGAUAUUCAUAAUGGUUUAUGUAUCUUUUGACAUGAUUCUUGGAGCGUAUUUGAUUGGUAACAUGACAGCGUUAAUUGUAAAAGGAUCAAAGACAGAAAAGUUCAGGGACAAAAUGACAGAUCUCAUCAAAUAUAUGAACAGAAAUAGACUUGGGAAGGAUAUCCGUAAUCAAAUCAAAGGUCACUUGCGUUUACAAUAUGAGAGUACCUACACGGAGGCUGCUGUUCUCCAGGAAAUUCCUGCUUCAAUUCGCUCUAAGAUUUCACAAACUUUAUAUUUCCCAUACAUUGAAAGCGUUCCUCUCUUCAAGGGAUGCUCGACAGAAUUCAUCAAUCAGAUCGUUAUUAAACUGCAUGAAGAAUUUUUUCUCCCUGGAGAAGUGAUCAUGGAACCAGGAAACGUCGUGGAUCAACUUUAUUUCGUCUGUGAUGGUGUGCUGGAGGAGGUGGGCAUAGGGGAAGAUGGAACAGAAGAAACUCUUGAGCUUUUGGAACCUAACAGUUCAUUUGGAGAAAUCUCCAUUCUUUGCAACAUUCCUCAACUUUAUACAGUUAGGGUGUGUGAAUUAUGUAGACUUCUGCGACUUGACAAACAAUCUUUUACAAGCAUCCUUGACAUAUACUUUUAUGAUGGGCGGAAAAUCUUGAACAACCUUUUAGAGGGUAAAGCACCUCACAUGAAACAACUAGAGUCAGACAUUACAUUUCAUAUUGGAAAGCAAGAAGCUGAGUUUGCUUUGAAGGUAAAUAGCGCGGCUUACCAUGGAGAUCUAUUUCAGCUAAAAGGUUUGAUCCGAACUGGAGCUGAUCCCAACAAGACAGAUUAUGAUGGAAGGUCACCCUUGCAUCUCGCUGCAUUAAAAGGACAUGAAGAUAUUACACUUUUCCUUAUUCAGGAAGGAGUAGACAUCAACAUCAAAGACAAUUUUGGGAACACACCCUUACUUGAAGCCAUCAAGAACGGGAAUGAUCGAGUUUCUUCUUUACUUAUCGAACAAGGGGCCUCCUUGAACAUAGACAAUGCUGGUAGUUUUAUAUGUACAUCCAUUGCAAGGGGGGACGCAGAUCUCCUUAAAAGGUUAUUGGCAAAUGGCAUUGACCCAAAUUCAAAAGAUUAUGAUCACCGGACUCCACUUCAUGUAGCUGCAUCAGAAGGACUAUAUAUAAUGGCAAAGUUGCUGUUAGAAGCUGGGGCUAGCGUUUUCUCAAAGGACAGAUGGGGAAAUACCCCACUAGAUGAAGGUCGGAUGUGUGGGAACAAGAAUUUAAUCAAACUGCUGGAAGAAGCAAAGGCAGCUCAGUUGACAGAGUUCCCUAACUGUGCUCAAGAAAUCACAGAUAAAAUGCACCCGAAGAAGUGCACGGUAUACCCUUUCCACCCAUGGGAAAGCAAAGACGGAAGAAGACCUGGAAUCGUGUUAUGGGUCCCGAGUACCAUUGGAGAGCUCAUCAUAACAGCAGGUGAGCAACUGGAGUUUUCAUCGAGUGGUUCCGCUAUAAUAUUAACAGAAGAUGCAGGUAAAAUUCUUGAUGUGGACUUGAUAAAUGAUGGUCAGAAGCUGUAUUUGGUCAGUGAGACACAUUUUACAUAAACAUUGUGGUCAUUCAACAGUUUUAUUUUGUAUAUAGUCCUUCUAUGAUUUUGUAAAACAUCUGCAUUAGGUGUAAGCAUAACGACUAAAACGCAUUGUUUUUGUGUUAAUUUCCAA